AUGCAGCGGCGGGCGUUUGGCGCGAGCUGCACGAAGCGGGACGAGGCGGCCGCGACCCGACAGCAGGCCUCGUCGACGGCGACGGCGACGGCAGCGCCGCCCGCGCUGGCCCGCGCCGCCGACUUUUAUCGCGCCCAGCCUGUGCUCGACCGCCGCGUGCACAUGAUCGGCGUCGGCAACGUCGGCAGCUUCGUCGCGCAUGCGAUCCGCGGCAUCCCCAACCCGCCGCCCGUCACGCUGCUGUUCCCGAGCUGGGACCGCCUCAACGCCUGGCGCGACUCGGAGCAGCGACUGGCGCUCGUGACCGACGGCGACACGGAGCUGCGGUCCGGCUACGACGCCGAGCUGGCCAUUCCGCGCAUCCGCUACCACGGCAAGGAGGUCGGCCUGACGCGUCCCGCUGACGCCGACGGCGCCAUGCUCGAGGGCGAGUCGGCCGCGCCCAUCAGCUCGCUGGUCGUGUGCUCCAAGGCCCCCGUGGUGCUGCAGGCGCUGUCGGCCGUCAAGCACCGCCUGAGCCGGGACUCGGUCGUGCUGUUCCUGCAAAACGGCAUGGGCGUCGUCGACCAGGUCUCGCGCGACCUGUUCCCCGACCCCGAGACGCGCCCGCACUACAUGGUCGGCAUCAACAGCCACGGCAUGCACGCGGCGCCCGACGCCCCCUUCACCACCGUCCACGCGGGCUUCGGCACCAUGGCCCUCGGCAUCCUCCCCCACGAGCGCGACCGCGACCCCAGCUCUCCGUACGCCCCGCGCUCCAAGAUCCGCCCCCACCGCCAGGCAGCGCAGCGCCAGGCAGCGCAGCACUCGCCCAGCCCUCGCGGCACGCAGGACGACGACGUCGCGCUCCCGACGUCGGCCUCGGUCCCCUGGACCCCGAACGAGCGCUACCUGCUGCGCACGCUGCUGCGCACGCCCGCGCUCGCCGCGACCGCAUUCAGCCCGCCGGACCUGCUGCAGAUGCAGCUCGAGAAGCUCGCGGUGAACUGCGUCAUCAACCCGCUGACGGCGCUGCUGGACGCGCGCAACGGCGCCCUGCUGUACAACUACGCGCUCACCCGCACCAUGCGGCUGCUGCUCGCCGAGAUCAGCCUCGUCGUGCGCAGCCUGCCCGAGCUGCAGUACAUUCCCAACGUCGCCGCGCGCUUCGACCCGGGACGUCUCGAGACGCUGGUUGUCAGCGUCGCGCAGAAGACUGCUGCCAACGUCAGUAGCAUGUUGGCUGAUUCUCGCGCUGGCAGGCAGACGGAGAUGGACUUUCUCAACGGCUGGGUCGUGCGCAGGGGGGAGGAGCUGGGGAUCCGGUGCAGUUUGAACUAUCUGCUUACGCAGCUGGUCAAGGGGAAGGCGCAGAUGAUUGAUCUUGAGAUUGGCGACGGCGUGCCGUUUGUCGAUGGCGGAGGCAGGGGGGGGGGGGGGGGGGGGGGGGGGGGGGGGGGGGGGGGGGGGGGGAGGGGGAGAGGGACGCAGGCCUGCAAGUGA